UGUCAGUGAUCGCGAUUGACGUCGCCGUCGAGGAGAAGACGAGAAUCGCCAGAAUGGCUGUUGCGACCUUGCACAAGCUGCAUAACGUGAUGCGGCAGAUGAGAGACUGGCGGGACGAUAGCGCGAAACUGAAGAGUAAUAUCUGGCGGAUGAAAAUGGCUCUGCGUGUGGAUGACAAGAAUGGGGACGAUAACCAGCAGAUCGACCCUUUGAUCGUGCAUCAGCGGGCGGAGAUUAGCCGGUUGGAGCAGGCGAACGGCGCUUUGGAGAACGAAGUAACGAGUCUGAAGCGUGCGCUGACGAAAGCCGAGGAGGAUCUCGCCGUUUGCGAAAUAAACGAUAAGAUCGCCACGCUCGAGAAUGAGUUCUCGGGCGAGAGGGAGCGUAUGAGCGAUGAGAUUCUGCGCCUGAAGAAGCGGCUGAAGGAGGCCGAGGAGAGCGAGACGAGUGUCGUGCUGCAGCUCAGGGACAAGCUGAACGAGUUUACGAGGGGCGAUCGAACGAUAGAAAUAAUCUUCGCGAGCGCGAUCGGCAAGACCGUCGAGAUGAUUAUCGGUCUGUCGGAGGAGCUCGUGAACGCUAGCGAGAAUUUAUACAGGUCUAGGACCAAAAACAGGAGCCUGCGUCUCAAACUCGACCGAUUAAGGGCCAUGCUGCGACUGCGGUGCGGCAACGGCGCGGAAUAUCGGAAGAGGAACGGCGAAUUGAACAAUCUUGCCGAACAAUUGAUGGGAGAGAUGGAUCGACUGAGAAUUAUUCGCGAGAAUGCGAACUAUAGCGAAAGUUUCGACGCUGCGAAUAUCCCGAACGUCGUUAAGCACAUCGAGCGUCUGAUGAGCGACUUGAGGAACAAUUUAAAGAGCGAUCGCGAGGCGAUGAUCGCCGCUGGCGAUCCCGACUGUCUCAAGUACCUGAAGAAGGUGGUUAGUCUAAAAGUAAACCUGAAAGUGCUGUCCGUAGAGCUUAGACGGUCGAGCGUGCCGACGGACAAACGAUUGCGCGAGAAUGUCCAGUACGGGACACGCUUGGAGACGGCUUCGUCGUUGAACGAUUUCUUGCAGAAAAUCGACGGGGAGAUUGAAAAGUUGAAGAUAAAGCCGAUGAAUAAGUAUUGCAAGAUCGGUGGCAUCAGCGGCUCGCGUUACAUGACCAAAGUCACGGAGCUCGAAGAUAUCGUUAGGAAGUCACUCGCGGUAAUCGCUACCUGGAAACAGGCACCGCCGGAAGUUGAAAUUAAUUCCGACGGGAAAAUAACGAAAGCGCUGGAGGACUUGAUCGAGCGUUUGUGCAGCAAAAUGAAGGAACUCGAGAUUUUCGACGAUCGCGCGAAUUUACGCGAGAGGAUCGAACAGCUCGAAGCCUUGGUCGUGUAUUUAAAAUCGGAAUUGCUGGAAAGGAACGAGCGUAUAAGUGCGAUGGACGAGGAGCGUGCGAGCAUCAGAUUAACAUGGGAGAGAGAUCGCGAGAAAUACGAGAAGAUUAUCGCUGACGUGCGCGAGGUGAACGAGACUCUUCGGGAAGAUAUAAAAAGGGGGCAACAGGAAUUAUCGGAGCUGUCGCUUAAACGCGAUCAUUCCGAGCGGCGUGUCGCGGAAAUGCAGCUGAUGAAGGCUGAAAUUGACGCAGCGAGGAAAGAAUCGCGGGGCCAUCGCGACGACAAAGAGGCGUUAUUACGGGAAGCGGAAAGGUUGCGUAAUGUCCUCGGAGAGAGGGACAGGGAAAUUGAGAAUAUUACUACCCAGGGGGACGCGUCGAGAGUGGUCCUUAGGGCCGAGCUGGAGGACCUCAGGACGAAACUUGGGGUCGCUUCCGAUGAAAAUGUAAAACUGAGAAGUAUAAUUGGGGGACUUGGGAAGCGGGAGGAACGCGAGCGACUGGACAAAUUGAAAAGUUGGGAUCGGCAGGGCGGCGGGGAGGAGCGAGACAAUGGCGUGGACCGUGCGCGAAACCUCAGGGAUGAGUCGGAGUACUUGAAAGCCGAGUCAAAUGAGCCUAAAAUAAGUCUGAACAAGGCGGACGGGCGAAUCGGCUAUUUCAAGUCCGCGCCGGAUAAAGCCGUCGGUGACAUGGCCAGUCCGGGAGGUGAAGCUUCUGACUUGGAGUCUAACGAGCAGUCGUUGACGUAUCGAUCGAACGUCCGGACGAGCGCCGGCCUCGGCGAGGAAACGCCGGGAGAAUUCGACGCGGUGAUGGCGAGGUACGAAGCGUCGGAGAAUAAAGUCAAACAGCUUCGGAACGAGAAAGAACAACUCGAGGGGGAGUUAUCGGAGCUGAGGUCCGAGAAAGGAUCGCUGGCUAGGUCGAUGGCCGACGCCAAUAACAAGUGCGCCGCGCUGCAGGAUCAAGUUAACAAAUUUCAGUCCGAGGGUAACGGCCUCCGGGAGACGAUAGGCGAGCGCGAGGCUGCUGCGGAGCAUUUCAAGUUGGAGCUGGAGAGAGCGCGGACGGAACUGGAAGACGCGGCCGUUAACGCGGCGCGUCUGCGAGCGGAGAACUCGAGGGUCGCCGGCGAUUUGGAUACGCUGUCUCUACGGACUAGCGAGGCCGAGGACCGUGUACGAGUGCUGUUGACAGAAAAGAACGAGUUCAAUGAGCAACUGAAUAAGGCGAGAGAGGAGAAUGAAUAUUUUUCCAUGGAAUUGAAUAAAUCAAGGGUCGAAAAUGACAAAGCGAAAGCGGAAAAUACUCUUCUGCGGGCCACUUGCGACACGCGGGAGAGGGAUAACGUCGCGCUCAGGCGGGAGAGGGACGACGCGCGAGGGAGAAUAAAUGAAAUCGGUAAUCAACUCAAGACCCAGCGAAUCAAGUACGAGGCGCUGCGGCUUGCCGCGUUGCACGACGAGGCUAACGAUCGUAAGAAUUACUUAAAGAAGAUCGAUACGCAGCGUCCGCUCGCGAGGGAUCGCGAGCGGGGAUUCGCCGGCGCUCAUAACGAGAUCAAACGGAAGCGGAAUUGCUCGGAUACCGCGCGUGCAGGCAUAAAGGUCGAAAUUGGCGGAACAGAAGUCAAAGUAGAAUCUGAUACACGCGUCGGUCAUGAUAACAGAGCGGAGAUCAAAGACGAGCCAAAGGGCGCGCUGAAGAGACAGUGGGGCGGGCAUAAGGCUUUGAAAUUAGAGCGGGCGAAUUUCAGGUUCGAAUACUCCGAGGUCAAGAUGGAACUGGCGAACGGCAGACCCGAGUGUCCAGCGGCGCGGAGGACGGAGGAAGUGCCGGACGAGGGAGAAAGCGUCGGUGCUAUCUUGAAGAAAUUUGAGCUCGCGAGCACCCGGCACGAGAAAGGAAUAGGCGAUGAUUCUAAUUAUCUCGGCGACCCGGAGAUGUCCGAGGGUGACGAAAGAACCGCGGCGCUCGAUAUCGAUCGGCUCGGGACCGGGAAUAGAGCGUCGAAGAUGAAAGCGGAUAUCCCGCGUAGUAGUCGUAACUCCUGCCUGACGGACGUGUACGGUGAGAAAACGAAGGCCGACCUCGGUAGAGCGACGGAGGAGAUUCGGGCUUUGAAACUCGAACUGAUGAAUCUGAGGGACGAGAAAGCGACGUUGAGGUCGCAGCUCGAGACAUUUAAGGAAGAAUUAGACGCAUUGAAGUCAGAGAGGGCGGCUUUAAAGGACGAGCUCGCCGCUUCCAGGAAGUCGAACUUCGAUCUCAGGCUCAGAGUGAACGACCUGCGGUGCGCUAACGAAAAAUUGAGGGAGACCAAUGCGGAGUUGGGCGGUCGCGCGCAGGACGCGUCGAGAGGAAGGAAUGAGUACAGCGCAAUGCCGGAAGCGUCGGAUAAAGGGUUAAAAAGUCAUUGUGAAGGCGCGUUAAGCGACUAUCUGAAGAAGUAUAUCUUCACGGAGAAAAAUCUGCGGAUAACUAACAGGCGAAAUCGGUUCGAUCGCGUCCCUCCCAAGAAUCCUGAGCCACAAUCCGUCGAAGGGAAUCUGCAACACAUGGAGGGACAAAAAUCCCGAGGUUGA